AUGGCCUCGACGGCCCCCGAAACCUCAAAACUACAAGCAAAACAAAUCACCAACCCUCGCCGCCUCCUCAUCCUCUCCCCACCCACGCAAUCGCUUUCAAUAAUCCCACCUCUACUAGACUCUUUAACCGGAGUCCCAGUUCUCAAUCCUCCACAGAAAGAUGAACCCGACGUCUCAAACUCAUCGACCCCACCACAGAGCACAGACACCGAGACCGAUCAUGAUACCCCUCACACCCCGCCAUCCACCUCGUUCGCAGGAUACACAACACACAGUCCGUUACGACUAGACACGAAGUACUAUUCCGUGGAGAUCCCAGUAUGGGUAGAUGAGGUUCCACUUCCAAUCAACUUGACAACGGACUCCGAGAAAGAAAGCACUACCCAAUGGCGCACCGAGUUUCUCAGCGAUGAAGCUGAAAUCGUCCGAGACGCGGUCGGUGCAUUAGUAGUUGCUGUCCAGAACCCGAGGGAGGGAGAUCCAAGUCCUGGAGCAACACCUGAGAGCAGAGCAGACGUGCGCGCAUUACGUGGUUUGAUGCGGGAUAUCGGUGCUGUGAAAGAAAGGAUCGAUGAAGAGCGGGGUGGGAUGGGUGAUGUUCCUGGAGUGUUUAUCUUGGUUGGAGCUACUAAGAGUGCGCCACCAGAUUCUACAUCUUCAUCUACAAAUGCAGCGGGUCAUGGCGAUCCCGAUGAAUUGGCAUUGGGGGAUGAGGAUGGAUUGGAGGGGAUAGAGGAUUUGCCUCUUUCUGCUGGGUGGUGGGAGGAUCAGUUAUUCGAUUGUGGGUUAGUUGGAUGGGAGGUUGUGGAAUGGGAUCCGAAGAUGCAGGGAGCUGAGAAGACGAAGAAUAAAUUUGGAGAAUAUGAGGGCAUGCCGCGCAUCAAAGAAGUCCUUGAAACACAUGACUGGACCGCAUCAGGAGGCUCCAACAAUCUAGAUGGAGAUCAGGACUUGGAAUUUGAAUUUGAGGAUGAUGAUAUGGAAAGCGAGCUGCUCGGAUAUAGUAGAUCUGCACAGACCCGAGGCUUCGGACAUGAAGUCCAAGAACUGGAGCGCGAAAUGCUUGGUCUACGCAUGGCGAUCGAACGAGGUGGAGAUGAUGAAGAUGGCUUGGAUGAUGGAGAAGAGAUCAAAGUCGAAUCCAUGGAAGCUUUGAUGAUGCGCGUUCAGGGUAUACGAGGUACGUUCCGGUAUUCAUCCACUACAGAGCAUAUCUUGCUGACUUACCCAGAUAUGGGCGCCGAUCUUCCAGAGAGUGAACGGAAGAAAUUUGCUGCCAAGGCUGUCAACGAUCUGAUGCGAGAGCUGUAG